UGUUCAUGAAUAAGAAUUUUUUUUUUUUUUUUUUAUGUGCAACUUAUUAUUCUUUUUCCCAGAAUUUAAGGACAAACCAACCCUCUCCAUUCUAGAAGCCGAGCAUGUUGGUAAUGCCUCUUCUUACCCAGUAAAGACCUUUAGCGAUCUCAUAACUGACGAGGCUUUAGAUUUGUAUGUACGAGCUCAUAGCUUAAAGGAAACCUUCACCCACUUAGAGAAAGGUAAGAAAAACAAACAUACUUAUAUGUGAACUUAUUGAUUUUUAGUUAAUAUCUCAUUAAGUAUUUCCUUUAUUACUUUUCAUGCAGGCAAGAAGCUCAGUAAAAGACUCCUAGCCCAAGUCCGGUCAAGUAAUCUCCCUUCUACUCCUGCUUCCAAAAAAUUACGAAGGGUAGGAGAAGGGAAUCAUGGUACAUCCGCAAGCCCAGGAGUGUUAUCAGGUCCUACUCUUGUACCUCUAGGUUUCAGCGGAUUUGGUGGGGUUCCUACUAGUUUCGAAAGUUUUUGUUCAGUAUCAACCAACCAAGCCUUUUCCCACGGGGAAUCGAUUCUCGAUGACGCUAAUGUCGCGAAUGACAGGUUACAUAAAAUGGAAGUAAAAGACAACACUGCCAGAUUGCAGAGUCUGCCAGCAUCUGAGCUUUCAAAGAAAUUUCUUCAUCUAAUCGGCCAGGGCACUACAUACUCUGUUGUUAUCGCCAAAGAAUACGAGAAGCUUUCCUUAGAGAUGGCUUCCCUCAAGGCUAAAUAUGAAGAUGUUACUUCUACACUUAAAAUAAAAGAAGAUGACUUGACUAAUGCAAAAUUAAACUUUCAAGAUGAGAAAGUGAAACUUACCAAAGAAUACUCUGAUAAGCUGGAAUUCGAGAAGCUAGCUGCUGUGGAGAAUUUUAAAAAUUCUAAUGAAUUCAAGAUGCUCAUAGGCAAGGCUUGCUGUGAUGGUUUUGACCGGUUCAAAGCUCUUGUCGGCAAAGAUCGUCCAGACAUAGACUUUUCUAGGUAUGACGUUCUAAGUGAGAGCGAAUAG